AUGCAGGAAACGAAACACAAAAGUGCAAGAAUUGGAUAUGGAUAUCAAUUAGUGUUUCCAUUCCUCUUGUUUUCCUUUGUUUUGGGACUUUAUGAAUAUGAGAGACGGAAGAGAGAUGAAUAUUUCGUGGAGCUGACAACUUCUGAAAGCUUCAAGGAUGUACAUCAGCUUGAAACAGAUGGUGUGAAAGGAAAUGAUUUAUUAUUAUUUAGCUUUCCCUCUAUCAUGGCUGCUACCAAUGAUUUCUCAGUUGAAAAUAAGCUUGGACAAGGUGGUUUUGGACCUGUUUACAAGGGAAAACUAAGUGAUGGGAGAGAAAUUGCAAUCAAAAGGCUUCAAGAACAUCAAGGCAAGGGCUUGUGGAAUUCCAGAAUGAACUAG